AUGUUCUUCAUCACCGUCUCCGGCUCCGCGCCGGACGGGUGGGACAGCUCCGUGUGGAAGUCUGAGAUCGAUCGUGAACAUCUCGAACGAACGUUUGAAGGGUGGGAUGAGAAGUUGAAGACGGGAGCAAUCGAUGCUGUGAUGACCAGCGGGCCGGGUGUGACGUUCAAUCAAUGGGAAUCUGCACCGGCACCGACGUAUCAUCGUGGAAGGAUUUGUAUGAUGGGAGACGCCGCUCAUGCGACAUCGAACUGGCUGGGCCAGGGAGCUGCGAUGGCAAUGGAGGAUUGUGCGGUCUUGGUGAAGCUGUUCGAGCUUGUUGAGGAUCGGGAAGAUGUUGAUGCAGCGUUCGAGGUUUUCGACAAAGUGCGGCGUGGUGGAAGAGCUGACAUGGUCAUCGCGCAGAGUCGACUGCUGGGGCAGAUUUUGACGGGCCAGAAAGGUCUGGAUCGUGUGGCAGUGAAGGAACAUGACAUUCAGGCAAAGCGGGAAGAGAUCCGGUUGUACGAUGUGACAGAGCAGUUGCAUGAGGCGCAAGAUUGCUUCCGUAAGCUCAAGUUGGAGAAGGUGUAA